AUUGAUUUGAUUACGAAAUGGAAGUGCAGUCUCGGAUGAUUCAAUAGGAACAGAGGAGAAGAGUGAUUAAUAGUUUUAUUUAGAUUCACGAAGAAAGACACAGUUCUGUAAACUUCUUCAGCCACUUCAACCACCGAUUUCAUCCAUGCUGCCCCUUUCUCUUCUCAAGACUGCCCAAGGCCACCCAAUGUUGGUGGAACUGAAAAAUGGGGAGACUUAUAACGGCCAUUUGGUUAAUUGUGAUACAUGGAUGAACAUUCAUCUCCGAGAAGUUAUUUGCACAUCAAAAGAUGGAGAUAGAUUUUGGCGUAUGCCUGAGUGCUACAUUCGUGGCAAUACCAUUAAGUACCUUCGGGUUCCUGACGAGGUUAUUGAUAAAGUCCAGGAAGAAACAAAGAGCCGCACUGAUCGCAAACCUCCAGGUGUGGGACGUGGAAGGGGAAGAGGUAGGGAGGAUGGUCCUGGUGGACGUCAAGCAAAAGGAAUUGGGCGUGGCUUUGAUGAAGGUGGAGCUAAAGGACAAGGAGGACGUGGCAGGGGUGGUCCGGGUGGAAAGCCUGGUGGAAACAGAGGUGCAGGGCGAGGUAGAGGUUGAUCUAAGUACUGAUAUGGAACUAUAGAUGGGCCAGUUGCUGCUUUUAGAGGCUAUGGUGCCCAUUCAGAACAUUUACUGUUUUUGGUUCCUGUGCAUCUUUCAAUUUUAGGUUUCCAAUUAUUUUCCUGCAUUAAUAGUCUCACAAAAAUGGUAAUAUUAUAGACCUCACUAAAGCGUUUAUGCCAACAUCAUUUUCUAAUGCCUUCUCUGUUAAAACUUUCAUCUGUAGUCCUUUUACCUGAGACUAUGUUUAGAUAUAUAGUGAUGAGUGAAACGAAAUGUAGUAAUGGAGUGGAAUGAAAUAAAGCUAGGAUUCUAUUGUUUGGAUGUUUU